AAACUAAGUGUCAACCACAACCCACAGUAGUACACCCAUUAAAAAAAUAUGAAUCCAAUUGAGAAUUUAGUUUAACACCUUCAAUAUCUACUUUGACUCAAGAAAGUGGAUCUGAAGUAUCAGUACUAUAGUAAAUUAAAUACCCAUUUUAGCUUACAUCUUAUCAAUGUGAAAAAACUCAGUUAUAACUAUACCCAUUAUAGUACUAGUAUAGUAGAUCCAUUUUCUCCUAUAGAUCUCAGUUCCAAUUGCCUUCAGCUAAAGAAAAAACCAAAAAAGAAAAAAAAUGGCAAGGCAAUCUGGGACUUGCUUAAGAUGUUGUUUAGUAAUUUUUGCUGUAGUUUCAGCUCUUUGUGUAUCUGGGCCUGCUAUUUAUUGGAAAUUUAAGAAGGGUUUAAGGUUAAAAGCUGCUCAAUCUUGUUUGCCUUGUAAAUGUGAUUGCUCUCCUCCACUUUCACUUCUUGAAGUUGCUCCUGGCUUGGCGAAUCUUACCAUUACAGACUGCGGCAAAGAUGAUCCGGAUCUAAAGGAGGAGAUGGAGAAACAGUUUGUGGAUUUGUUAUCGGAAGAGCUGAAGUUGCAGGAAGCUGUCGACAAGGAACACGUGCAUCAUAUGAACAUCACCUUUGUGGAGGCAAGAAGGUUAGCUUCUGAGUACCAAAAGGAGGCUGAGAAAUGCAUUGCUACCACCGAAACUUGUGAAGUCGGGCGAGAAAGAGCUGUUGUGUUGCUUGCCAAGGAAAAGAAGUUGACGUCCGUUUGGGAGCGUAGAGCGCGCCAAGCUGGUUGGCAAGGAGAAUAAAGAUUUAAAACAAAACUAGUGAAUAAGUUCAUCUUUAAGUUUCACUGCAGUAGCUCAAAUUUUGUUGUCCACUGUUGUAGCUUAUGUUAGUUCUCUCUCUAUGAGCACAAAAUUGCUCAUAUUUCUUUAUCUAUAUGUGUAUUUACUUACUCUCCUGUAUCUUUUGAUCAUAUGAAAUAUAUACUCUUCACAUUAUAUUUCA